UCACAAUCUCUUGAAGACUCAGGAGAGCAGCUGCAGAGUCCACCCAGAGGACAGGAUGCCACUCAGCAGAGCUCUGAUUCUGGGGGUCCUCGCCCUGACCACCGUGCUCAGCCGCUGUGGAAGUGAAGACGACAUUGAGGCCAACCACGUAGGCAACUAUGGUAUAAAUGUGUAUCAGUCUUAUGGACCCAACGGCCAGUACUCACAUGAAUUUGAUGGUGAUGAGUUGUUCUAUGUGGACUUGGAUAAGAGGGAGACUGUCUGGAGGAUUCCUGAGUUUGGACAACUGACAAGCUUUGACCCCCAAGGUGCACUGCAAAACAUAGCUACAGCAAAAUAUAACUUGGACAUCAUGAUUAAGAGGUCAAAUUCAACCCCAGCUACCAACAAGGUUCCUGAGGCGACCGUGUUCCCCAAGUCCCCUGUGCUGCUGGGUCAGCCCAACACCCUCAUCUGCUUCGUGGACAACAUCUUCCCUCCUGUGAUCAACAUCACAUGGUUGAGAAACAGCAAGUCAGUCAUGGAAGGCGUUUAUGAGACCAGCUUCCUCUCCAACCCCGACCAUUCCUUCCAAAAGAUGUCAUACCUCACCUUCAUCCCUUCUGAUGAUGAAGUUUAUGACUGCAAGGUGGAACACUGGGGCCUGGAUGAGCCGGUUCUGAAACACUGGGAACCUGAGGUUCCGGCCCCCAUGUCAGAACUGACAGAGACUGUGGUCUGUGCCCUGGGGUUGUCUGUGGGCCUCGUGGGCAUCGUGGUGGGCACCAUCUUACUCAUUAAAGGCCUGCGAUCAGGUGGCCCCUCCAGACACCCAGGGCCCUUAUGAAUCACACCCUGGAAAGGAAGGCAUGUGGCCCUCUCCAGGGAGGAAGUAGUGUGCUAAGUGACCUGGAGCAGUGUGUCUUCCAGUCCAAUGCAUCAUCGUCUUCAUCUUGCCUGAGCGACCGUCCCCCAUCUGUCUUUUCCCUUGGCCCUAAGUCUGUCCCUGGUCACAGCUCACACAUCCUUGGCAUUCUCCCCUGAUCUGAGUUUUGUUUUCUGGCAUCUUCCAAAUUGUAUGUACUGUAGACUCUCUCAGAACCCCUGAUUAAAUAGCUCCACAAAACCAAUAAAUCUCCUCUUAUAUGUUGUCUA